AUGCACAAUCGAAUACCCACUUCCGUUUCUCUUGGAUCCGAUGUAAUCGCACGGGACUCAAAUCAAUUGCAGUAUGUGUCGGAAGCUUGCCAAAUGUUGCGUCUUCUUGGUCAAGGCCGUUUCCCUCAGGUCUGGUUGGCGAAACUAGAACUCUCGACUGGAACAGAUUCCAGUUUGGAUAUAUCACAUCGGUUACCCUAUUCAGAUCCGUUGAGGGAUAGUUUAUUACUACCUGACGCUUCUCGCCCGAAUGACUCAAAUGGUUGCUCAUCUCCUCCCAACUCUAGAAAUACUCAAUCCCGUUUGGUUGCCGUGACGUAUUUCCGUGCCGCUGAACAACGAGCCUGGGCAAACGAAGCCGUGGUGUUUAGAAUUCUUCGGUCCACUAUCAGCCGAUCCGUAUCUGCUUCUGAUAUUGAUACCUGUUACAAUUUGGUUCGCCCGUCUGGUGAAGGAAACGUACACAGCGAAUGUCGUCUUGUGUUGGAAUGA